CCUGGGCUGCGCGGCCGCGGGGCGGCGGGGAGAGGCGCGGCGGGCGCGACGGGAACCAUGACAGAAGAUGACCGAGGCGGCGCUGGUGGAGGGCCAGGUCAAGCUUCGGGACGGCAAGAAGUGGAAGACUAGGUGGCUGGUGCUGCGCAAGCCGUCGCCGGUGGCAGACUGCCUGCUGAUGCUGGUCUACAAGGACAAGGCGGAGCGAGCCAAGGGCCUCCGGGAGCGCAGCAGCCUGACGCUGGAGGACAUCUGCGGGCUGGAGCCCGGCCUGCCCUACGAGGGCCUGGCCCACACGCUGGCCAUCCUCUGCCUGUCCCAGGCCGUCAUGCUGGGCUUCGAGAGCCGUGAGGCCAUGUGCGCCUGGGAUGCCCGCAUCCGCUAUGCGCUGGGUGAGGUGCAUAGGUUUCAUGUGGCAGUGGCGCCGGGCACCAAGCUGGAGAGCGGCCCCGCCACCCUUCACCUCUGCAAUGACGUUCUCGUGCUGGCCAGGGACGUCCCCCCAGCGGUCAUGGGCCAGUGGAAGCUGUCCGACCUCCGGCGCUACGGGGCCGUGCCCAACGGGUUCAUCUUUGAAGGCGGGACCAGGUGUGGGUACUGGGCCGGAGUGUUCUUCCUGUCCUCUGCCGAGGGUGAACAGAUCAGCUUCCUGUUCGACUGCAUUGUCCGUGGUAUCUCCCCAACCAAGGGGCCCUUUGGGCUGCGGCCGGUCCUCCCAGACCCGAGCCCCGGGGGACCCGCCACCGCUGAGGAGCGCGUAGCCCAGGAGGCCCUGGAAGCCCUGAAGCUGGAGAAGCGGCUCAGCCUCCUCUCCCAUGGGGUCCGGCCGGGCAGUGGAGGGGAUGACCGCAGCCUGUCCAGCUCAUCCUCGGAGGCCAGCCACUCAGAUGUCAGUGCCGGCAGCCGACUCACAGCAUGGCCAGAGCCGUCCCUGUCCUCGGCCAGCACGUCGCAGGAGGGCCCGGGGCUGGCGGCUGCCCAGGUGUCUGGAGAGGCUGCGCCGGGCACCUCCAGGCAGCCCCCUAAGCCACUGCGGCCGAGGCAGCUGCAGGAAGUCGGCCGCCAGAGCUCCUCGGACAGCGGCAUAGCCACAGGCAGCCACUCCUCCUACUCAGGCAGCUUCUCAUCCUGUGCCGGCAGCAGCCUGGAUGUGUGGCGCACAGGGGACGAGUUUGGCUCCUUGCUCAGCCUGCCGCCGGUGGCCGGGGUGCCCGAGCCCAGCCUGUGCGCCUGCCCGCCGGGGACAGCUGAGUACCAAGUGCCUACAGCCCAGCGGCACCAUUAUGACACGCCGCGCAGCCUGCGCCAGGCCCCCAGGGACCAGAGCCCGGCCGCUCAGGGUGGCCCCGACGACGCUGGGGCCGGGGACUCGGGGGGCCAGAUGUCCACGGGGUGUCCCUCCGGCUGGCUGGGCACAAGACGGCGGGGACAGGCAACGGAGGCCCUGGGCUGUGAGGCCCCUGGCGAGGGCUGGGAAGCAGGCAGCCCCCAUGCUGGGCACCCUCCAGCUUUCUUUUCCACCUGUCCGGUCUGUGGAGGACUCAAGGGAGCAGAGGCCUCACCCCCCCGCCUUCUGAUGAUGCAUUCAGGAGCCCCAGGGCCCGAGAGACCGUGCAGCGAGGCGCCCCCCUAUGUGAACGUCCCUGUCAGCCCCUCCCCCAAAGCACAGCUGCAGUACUUGGGCCUGGAGCUCCAGGGGGCCAGCGCCGGGAUCCGAGGGACUGGUGCAUCCCGCUACGCGCAGAUUGACAUUGUGGCCACUGAGGCGGCCCACAGGGCAGGGGCCCGGCACGCACAGACCCGGGAAGAGAGGCUGCUGGAGCUGGACCAGAGAAGGAAGGGGACCCCAAGGUUGCUGGUGCCCUGACCCGACCCUUCUGUUGACCUCCAUGAGUCACCCUGGGCCUCUGGCACCCAGGGGAGUGGGGACAGGUGUCCAGAUGAUGGGCGGCUCUCAGUUGGUCCCGAGACAGAGCAAUGUCUCGGCUGCAGGGGCCCCGAGGGGACCGGAGAGCAGCAUGCACAGCUCUGGGAUGCAAAGCGCCCUCCCCUUCCCUGGAGGUCGUGGCCUCCAGACUGAGGCCAGGCCUGCUGUUGGGAACACACAGCCCCCAACCACAGCAGGACCGGACCAGGCCCCACCCCUGCUGAGCGUCCUGCAGCUGCCGCCCUCUGUCCCACACCCGGGUCACUGCUGCCCUGGGCCUGGGGACUGUGCCGUCCAUAAGCCCUGGGGGUAGCGGGACUGUCCCCCUUCAGCCCGGUCAGGCUGCUGGUGCGGCCCGCACAUACGUUUACUGGACUGUGUUGCCUCUUAGGACCCAUUAUCGUUAGACUUGUAAAUAGUUUAAAAUUGUUAACGUUCUAUUUUUAACAUGUACAUUAUUUUCCUGAAAGAUGAGGUGCUUUCUCUUCCUUGGGCUGUGGCUUAGCCUGACCCCGGAUGUGGUUCUGUUGUCGUGACACAGCACAGGCGCUCAGGGCCCCGGUUACCCCCGCCUUGGCAGGUCUGGGUGGGGUUUCCAUGUUUCCUCCCAACAGUGCCUGUAGCCUUGGGGAAGUUGUGUGGCAUUUUCAUGACUCUGUGAGCAGGAGGGAAUGUUCAUGGCUCCAGUGGCUGAGGGGGGUCUGGGUGCUGGGAAGUUUCCAGAGUUGGUGGUGGGGAUUCCUGAUAUUCCUCUCUCGUAAUGAAAGGGAAGCAUCAGACUGGGCCUUCUGACCCCAGUCUCAGAGAGGAGAUGAGGCAAUGAUCUGCCUGGCUGGGGUCUCCAACUGCAGCCUACUCAGAGACAUUCCUCCCUUCUUCCCUCCCUUCUCCCUCCCAUCCAUCCACCAUCUACCAUCCACCAUCCACCCAUUGUCCAUUUGCAUCCAUCCAUCCCUCUAUUCACCCCCCAUCCAUUAAUCCACCUUCCAUCAU